GCAGCCCCGGACACACACCGUGUUACACUAUCAGAGUCCCGUCAUUUGGAUAAUAUCGGAAUCUCUGCUCGGGGGACGUUUUUGUAUUUUCAGCUGCGUCGUUGAAAGCGUGCGGUCCACACUGUGCUCAGGAGCACACUCAUGCCAGACGAGGCAGGACGGGGAGUAAAAACACUUUAACUGGGACAGCGUGGAGGAGGAGAGUGUCACGUUCAGCUGGUGGAGCAAGGACCAAAAACUCAGGGAUAUGUCCAGCCACACUGGAAGAGGUCAUGGGGGUCUUAACCAACUAGGUGGAAUGUUUGUUAAUGGACGCCCGCUUCCGGAGGUGAUCCGGCAACGCAUUGUGGACAUGGCCCACCAGGGGGUUCGGCCCUGUGACAUCUCCCGGCAGCUCCGAGUCAGUCACGGCUGCGUCAGCAAGAUCCUGGGACGUUACUACGAGACAGGCAGCAUCAAGCCCGGCGUGAUCGGCGGCUCCAAGCCCAAGGUGGCCACCCCGAAGGUUGUGGACAAAAUCGCAGAGUACAAAAGGCAAAAUCCCACCAUGUUCGCCUGGGAGAUCAGGGACAGGCUGCUGGCAGAGGGAGUGUGUGACAGCGACACGGUGCCCAGCGUGAGCUCCAUUAACAGAAUAAUUCGAACGAAGGUCCAGCAGCCGUUCAAUUUGCCUCUGGAUGGAAAAGGCCUGAGUCCAGGACAGACCUUAAUCCCCAGUUCGGCAGUUACUCCUCCCGAGUCUCCACAGUCAGACUCUCUGGGCUCCACAUACUCCAUCAGUGGUUUGUUGGGUAUCCCCCAACCCAGCGCCGAGGGCAAGAGGAGCCACGAUGACAGUGAUCAGGAGAGUUGUCGGCACAGUGUGGACUCUCAGGGCAGUGGAGGGGUCCCGAGGAAACAGAUGAGACUGGAUCACUUCUCCGCAGCCACGCAACAUCUGGACUGUGGGUUCGACCGUCACCACUAUCCCCCGGACUCAUUCGGCUCGGCCUCCAGCAGCAAGACAGAGCAGACUUUGUACCCGCUGUCCCUCAUCAAUGGCAGCCUAGACGAGGCCAAGACCAGCCUCUCAACAUCCAGCUCCGCCAUUGGACGCAACCUGGCAGCGCACCAGAGCUACACCAUGGUGACUGAGCCCCUACAGUCCCUGCCGCUCUGUCUAAAACAGGAAAUGUCCCCAGAAGUGACCAGCACAAGCCCCUCCCCAAACAUGGCAGCGUCCAACCUGGCAUUUGUGGAGCUGCAGGCGCUGCAGAAGCCCGUUUCAGUCAGCAGCAGCUGCAGCAACUCCAACCAUUACCCAAACGCCUUCAACUCAUUCUCCCAUCAUGCACCAGUGUAUGGGCAGUUCAGCAGUCAGUCUAUCAUCUCAGGGCGUGACAUGGUAAGCUCCACCCUGCCAGGCUACCCACCUCACAUCCCCUCCCCUGCCCAGUCAGGAUACUCCUCCUCUGCCAUCACAGGCAUGGUAGCAGGCUCACCCUAUUACUACAGCUCGGCCUCCCGCACCGCUCCACCGUCUGCAGCCGCCUACGACCACCUUUAGUCCCUGCUGCAUGAAAACUUCACAUCAGCUGACACAUCUGAUCACGGACCAAGGCACGGAAGUCAAAAACCUGGAUGUGAACUUGAGACUCUGCUGAUGAACCAGCAACACAUUUGUUUAUACAUCCUACCGCACCCACUCAUAUGUUAUUUAUUUUGUCAUUACUGAUACCAUCACCCAGGGUAACUCAUGCACAUUCACACCUUGCUCCUCCCAGAGGUCUGUUUCCAGAGGCCCCCGGCCUGACGUCUCACACCGAGGUGCAUAUCUUCAGUAUCCGAAGCUCUUCAACGCUGUUUUUGGCCAAAGACUUUCUUUCUCGCACAUCUGCAACUUGACCGCACUGACCCAGUGAAUUACAGAUAUGCAACUCCUUUAUACUGAACUAUGCCUGCUUUUGUUUACAAAAAUGCUUUUUUGUCCUGUCAUGUCACAAAUUAAUUCCUUUUUCCUGAACCCUGUGUCUGCUUGCAAAUUCAUCCCGUGACUUGUUUUCACUGUAAAUUCAGAUUUCAAGAGCUUUUUCUGUAGUGAAAAUAGACUAAAAAGGUGACACAUUCAAUCACAAUUACAACAAAAUGCCCACAUAUGCCCCUCGAAGACAAUUAAUGUAUUUGUCUAGCAAUAUGUACAUAUUGUAAAUGAUGGAUUACUUAUGGGGAAGUGAUGCAAUUUUACUCAGAGAAUGACUGAUGAGGGAGGGGGAUGACGGUGAUUUGGCUACUAAAACCAACAAGGCUUGAAAUACAUUUGUUUUGCGUCAAAUAAAUUUAGUUUGUUGUCAUGCUGAUGUUCUGAUGUUUGGUAAGAACUGUGACUAUUUUUUCUUAUACUGUUAUUAAUAUUAUUGCAGAUGUAAAUAAUGAAUUUCUAAAGAAUUAUUUUAAUUAAAGC